UCGCCAUGAAUUUAUAUAAAUAAAUUAUUUAAAAAAAAAGUUAUAAAAUCCUACUACUCAUUUUUCUUUUUGAUCUCUCUCUCGCUGAAGCAUUCCUCUAUUUCCUUUUCACAGCCAAUGGCUUUGACAUUGAAGUUAGCUCAGUUGCAGUCCAAGGCUACCCAGGCAUCCCAAUUGGUAUCAAAGCAUGCUCCUCUGUACUACAAGCGGCUACUUGAGCAGAAUAAGCACUACAUUCUGGACCCACCCACUGUCGAGACAUGUAACCUUUUGUCAAAACAAUUGUUUUACACUCGUCUAGCCAGUAUUCCUGGUCGUUAUGAGGCAUUCCAUAAGGAGAUGGAUUAUGUGAAGCAUAUCUGGAAGAACUUGAACGAAUUGAAGAUCGAGGAUGCAGGUAUUGCUACUCUAUUUGGGUUAGAAUGCUUUGCUUGGUAUUGUGCUGGGGAGAUUGUCGGUCGAGGGUUCACCUUCACCGGCUACUAUGUUUAAUUGAGUCCCCAAGAAUCAGAGCAAGCUUUUUGGUAUGUUUGGUUUCUUCC